AAUCGUGUCUCGAGCAUACCAAAGAGAAGAUCGGAGGUUACGAGGGAAGUCGGAAGUGCCAUAACCAUCAUCUUAUCAGUUAUCUCUUGUCUCCCAUGGCUUUUCGUCUUCUCUCCGUCAAACUGGCUUGCUUAACGAUCUUAGCAGUGGCUUCUUGUGGUAUUAUUAAGGCAAACGGAAUCGGAGAUCGAAUAGGAAUCAUGGAAGUGAAAGGCCAGAGAGAGUUCGAUUACUUCGCUUUGGCGCUCCAAUGGCCUCCCACCUACUGUCGCCACACCCGCGAUUGCUGUUCUUCCAAUGCUUGCUGUCGAGGAGCAAAUGCUCCAAGUGAGUUUACAAUCCAUGGGUUGUGGCCUGACUACAAUGACGGAACAUGGCCAGCCUGCUGCACGCGGGAGAGUUUUAAUGAGAAAGAGAUCUCAACAUUGCUUGAUGCUCUAGAGAAGUAUUGGCCAUCUUUAAGUUGUGGAAAGCCAAGAGCCUGCCAUGGUAGUAAAGGAUCAUUUUGGGCUCAUGAGUGGGAAAAGCAUGGGACUUGCUCAUCUCCAGUUGUUCAUGAUGAAUACAGUUACUUUGUAACGGCCCUUAAUGUUUAUCUCAAAUACAAUGUCACAAAAGUCCUUAGUGAGGAAGGAUAUGUACCGUCAAACACUGAAAAAUAUCCUCUUGGAGGCAUUGUUUCUGCCAUUCAGAAUGCUUUUCACGCAACCCCGUCGUUGGCUUGCAAGAAUGGAGCUAUAGAGGAACUCCAGCUUUGCUUCUACAAGGAUUUUAAGCCUCGGGACUGUCUGAUCAAAUCAACCAGUCAAAAGGGUAGGGGUUCUUCAAGUUCAUGUCCUAAUUAUGUCAGCUUACCAACAUAUGUUUCGUCCGGGGUUGACCGGCUUGAAACUACAGUUCCAUGGGUUACCGCAGAAGAAGCUAUUGAAGAAUUUGGUAGCAUGUAAAUAGGAAAAGCUCAAAACUUGUUUACAAUCCACGUGAUUAUAAGUCGAAUUAAGAACCUCCGCAAUGUACUUUUAUUCCAAAACGUUUCAUAAAUUCAGACAUCGUGGAAGUUGUAAAUUGUUGUACAAUAAUGUUCCAUUAGUUUCCUCUCUCUCUCUCUAGUACGAAAACAAAGUGAAAAUUUCCCCAGUCAUCUGCUAAGACACUACUUUUCCCUUCCUAU